AUGAUACUGCUCACUGCCGCGGCCCUCGUGCCGCACGGGUUCGUCUUUGCGCGCGCUGCGCCCGCCCGGGCGCUGCGGCGCUGCGGCGGCAAGCUGCCCCGCGCGGCUGCGCGCCUCUCGGGCGGCGCCGCUGCACCGGCUGCUGCGGCGACGACGCGAGUGGUGGAUGACAUCGUGAGUGCGGCGCUCGACCGGCGCUCGUAUCGGUGGGUCGAGCUCGACUCGGGCCUGCGCGCGCUGCUCAUCUCGGACGCCAACUCGGACAAGGCGGCAGCGGCGCUCGAGGUGAAGACGGGACACUUUGACGACCCAGCGGACGUGGCCGGGCUGGCGCACUUCACGGAGCACAUGAUGUUCCUCGGGACGGAAAGCUUCCCCGACGAACGCUCCUUCAAAGACUUCAUCGGCCGGCACGGCGGCUCGUCCAACGCCUUCACCGGCAUGGAGUCGACCGGCUACCACUUCGGUGUCAACGCAAACGCCCUGCCAGAGGCGCUCGGACGCUUCGCCUCCUUCUUCGCGGAGCCGCUGCUGCGGGAGGACUCGGCGCGCCGCGAGAUGCAGGCGGUCCACUCCGAGUUCCAGCGCAACCUCCAGUCUGACCAGCGGCGGAUCUUCCAGCUGCUCAAGUCGACCUGCGACCCGGCGCACCCAUUCUCGAAGUUCUCGACGGGGUCGCUCGAGACGCUCGGCGGGGCGGCGGCGGCGGCACGCGGGGCGCCGCACGAACUCGUCCGCUCCUUCUUCGAGACGCACUACGAGCCGCGCCGCAUGACCCUCUGCGUGCUCGGACAGCAGCCGCUCGACGAGCUCGAGGCGCGAUAG